CCCUGGUCCCUUCCCUUGGUCCCUGUCCUUGGUCCCUGCCCCUGUUCCCUGUCCCUGUUCCCUGACCCUGUUCCCUGUCUGUUCCCUGCCCCCUCCCUGUGACCCCUGCCCUCGGCAGUGGCCCGGGUGGGGGUGAUGGUGGCCCCGAGCUGGAUGCAGGGCACUGGGGUGCAGGGAAGCACCCGGCCCCGUGCCAGGCAUGAACAAACACUCCAGCAUGGGGUGAUUGCAGCAGAAAGCACGCGGUGCUGAUUUAAUGUUUGUUUUCCAGUCCCUCUGUGACACUUUAGCCUCUGUGGUGAUUGAGAAACUCCAGCACCGCUGGAGAAGCAACGGGCAACCCCCGAGUAAGAGUUUGGUUUCUGUAGAGAUGAGCCCAGCGAUAAACAGAGACAGACUUUCUAAUUUGGGGGUUGUGAUGUGGGUGGAUGCUGCAAGUGGAUGCUGCAAGAUGAACCAGUUGCCAGGAUCUGCUAUCCCAGCUCUCAGCAUGGCACAGCAGGGACGGGUGAGGAAAACAGAAGGGUCAGGAGUGCUCAGCUCCCCCGUUCUGCAGCUGGAGCCCCUGCAGAGCCUGCAGCAGCCGGUGCUGACACAGCUCCUGCCCGUGUCACACCGUCCCCACUGGGAUCAUCCAGACUGUGACGCGCUCUGGUCCUGCGUGGAGGAGGCAGAGGCAGCAGCCCACUUCUCCGUGUUCUCUCGUGGGCUUUCCUCCAGGGAUUUACAUAACCCUCCGCCAAGGAGGCAGGACAAGCAAUACUGCUCAGGAAUAUCCUACCUGGAUGGUGCAGCUGAUGGGGGAAGGGGUGGCUUCACAGGGCAGCACUCCCUGAGUACUGUGAAUUAUGAAUCUCCCAGCACUUGCCAGGCUGGAAGCAUGGAACAGCUUGGCCUGGCUGCUCCCUGCAUGACACAAAACAAAGCAGCAGCAGAGCCUUUCCCUGUCCCAGGACAUCCAGCUGACCACGUGUGGUCAUGGACACGUCCAGCGAGCUCCAAAGUGGCAGAAGGGGAUUUCCAGUCUGCUGCCAUGCCCACAGGGACACCCCACACUGGCUGUGCCACACAGGAGGAACAGCAGGAUGUGACAUGUGCCAGCACAGUCCCUCCCUCCAGCACUUCAGUGCUGCUCCUUGAGUGCACUAAACCCAAACAACCCCUAUGAGGACACACGGGGCUCAUGGCAAGGGAGCUG